CUGCUUGAGCCCGCCCCGCCGGCGGCGCGCCCCGUCCCGCCCCGCCGGCUCCGGUCCGCGCCGCUCGGUCCGGUUCGCGCUGCCGGCUCCGGUCCGCGUUGCUGGGUCCGGUCCGCGCUGCUGAGUCGGGUCCGCGCCGCCGGGUCCCGUCCGCGCUGCUGGGUCCGGUUCGCUCCGCCGGCUCCGGUCCGCGCCGCCGAGUCGGGUCCGCGCCGCCGGCUCCGGUUCGCUCCGCCGGCUCCGGUCCGCGCCGCCGAAUCGGGUCGGCGCCGCCGGGCCGGCUGCGCCCGCGGGGUGCGGCUCCUGCGCUCGGCUCCGGUGCGCCCCGUCGGGUGGGCGCCGCUCCGCGGGCUGCGGGCCGGGGCCGGGGCCGGGGCCGGGCGGCGGGGCCGGGGCGGGAUGCGGGUGCUGGCGGUGCUGGCGGUGCUGGCGGCGGCGGCGGCGGCGUUGCCCCGCGGGGCCCUGCUGCCGCACGGCGUGGCCCGCGGCGACGCCCGGCUGCGCCCCGGCGACGACGAGAGCUCGGCCGCGGUGCCGCUGCGCCGAGAGCUGCCCCUCUACGGCCGCACCGCCCGCCGCCUCUACGUGGGGACCAACGGGGUCAUCUCCACCCAGGAUUUCCCCAGGGAGACCCAGUACGUGGAUGACGAUUUCCCCACGGACUUCCCUGUCAUCGCUCCCUUCCUGGCCGACAUCGACACCACUGGCGGCAGAGGGGACGUCUACUACCGGCAGGACGACUCGCCGGACGUGCUGAGCCGGGCGGCGGACUACAUCCGCGCUGGCUUCCCCCGGGAGGCCGCUUCCUUCAGGCCAACCAACGCGUUCCUGGCCACCUGGGAGGAUGUGGGCGCCUACGAGGAGGUCUCGCGGGACACGGAGCCCUCCAAGAAGCUCAACACCUUCCAGGCGGUGAUAGCCUACGACGCGUCGGACGCCUACGCUGUCUUCCUCUACCCCGACGACGGCCUCCAGUUCUUUGGGACCCGGCCCAAAGAGUCCUACAACGUCCACCUGGAGCUGCCGGCCAGGGUGGGCUUCAGCCGCGGCGACGGCGACGACCCGAAGAGGGACGGGCUCUUCUACAGCGUGGCCAGCAGCGAGCGGGCCUUGAAGCACCUCUACCAGGCCAGCAACGUGAUGGUGCCCGGCGUGUGGGUCUUCCGCGUGGGCAGCGUGGCCCCGCUGCCCAACGUGGUGCCGGCGGGCGGCGGGCGGCAGGUCGCGGAUGCUCCGGAGCGUGCCGCCGGGGAGGACCACGCAGCGCCGCCGGCGCGGGGCAGCGGCGAGGAGCCCGGGGGCCGCGGGGCCUCCUCCUCCUCCUCCUCCUCCCGCUACGGGCAGCACGGCGUGGGCGUGGAGGAAGACGUCGGCUUCGACGCGGACGCGUUCACCUACAGCGCGGCCGGCGAGGAGCCGUGCCGCGGGCGCUGCUCCCCGCACGCCGCCUGCACCGCCUUCGCCGCCGGCUCCUGCUGCCGCUGCCGGGACACCUACUACGGCAACGGGCGGCAGUGCCUGCCCCGGGGGGCCGCGCACCGGCUCAGCGGCCCGGUGAGCGGGCGGCUGGCGGUGGGGGCCGGGGCGGCGGCGAGCUUCGGGGACGCGGAGCUGCACGCCUACGUCUUGGGCAGCGAGGGCCGAGCCUCCGCCGCCGUGAGCCGGCUGCCGCCGCCCGCCGCCCUGCUGCCCCUGGGCGGCCUCUUCGGCUGGCUCUUCGCCCUGGAGGAGCCCGGCUACGCCAACGGCUUCCGCCUGGCCGGCGCCGAGUUCACCCAGCGCCUGGAGGUGACCUUCGAGCCCGGGCAGGAGACGGUGCGCGUCACGCAGCGCGCCGAGGGGCUGGCGCCCGACGGGCACCUCCGCCUCAGGACCCACGUCGAGGGCCGGGUGCCUCUCGUCCCCGCCAACGCCUCCGUGCACGUCGCGCCCUACACCGAGCUGUACCGCUCCACUGGCACAGGGGUGACGUCCGUGGCUCGCCGGCAGUACGUCCUCACCUCGGGCGCCGUCAACCAGACCCUGUCGUACCGCCUGCGCCAGAACAUCACCUUCGCCGGCUGCCCGCACGGCCACCCCCCGCCCGCCGCCCAGCGCCUCCGCGCCGAGAGCGUCUUCGCCCUCUACGAUGGCACCGAGCGCGUCCUGCGCUACGCGGCCACCAGCCGCGUCGGCCCUGCUGCGGCGGACGAGGCCCAUCCUGCCCCGCCGCUUUCCGCCGACCCCGGCGGCCCCUCGCCGGAGCCGGAGCCGGGUGCCGGCGGUGACACCGGCGCGGAGCCCCCGGCGCGGCCGUGGAGCCUGUGCGAGCGCUGGCGGCAGAGCCUGCUGCAGCACUACGGCGGCAGCCCCCGCGGCCACCACUACGUGCCGCGGUGCCAGCCGGGGGGGGCCUUCGCCCCGCUGCAGUGCCACGGCGACAGCGGCUACUGCUGGUGCGUGGACCAGAGCGGCCGCGAGGUCCCGGGCACCCGCUCGCAGCCCGGCAGCCCCCCGCCAUGUCUCCCCAGCGUCGCGCCGCCCAGCACCCGGCCCACGCCGCGGCCCGACGUGUCCCCGCCGGCCGCGGGGACCUUCCUGCUCUACGCGCAGGGGCAGCAGAUCGGCUACCUGCCGCUCAACGGCACGCGGCUGCAGAAGGAGGCGGCCAAGACGCUGCUCUCGCUGCAUGGCUCCAUCGUGGUGGGCAUCGAUUACGACUGCCGGGAGAAGAUGCUCUACUGGACCGACGUGGCCGGCCGGAGCAUAAACCGGGCGAGCCUGGAGGCGGGAGCGGAGCCGGAGCCGGUCGUCAGCGCAGGGCUGCUCAGCCCCGAGGGGCUGGCCGUGGACCACCUGCGCCGAGCCCUCUUCUGGACCGACAGCGGCCUGGAUAAAAUCGAGCGAGCGCAGCUGGACGGCUCCGAGCGGCGGGUGCUCUUCGACACUGAGCUCGUCAACCCCCGCGCCAUCGCCGUGGACCCCGUGCGCGGCAACCUUUACUGGACCGACUGGAAUCGCGAAGCUCCAAAAAUCGAAACUUCCACCGUGGACGGAGCCAACAGGAGGAUCCUGGUGAGCCGGGACAUCGGGCUGCCCAACGGCUUGACGUUCGACCCCUUCGCCAAGCUGCUGUGCUGGGCAGACGCAGGAACGAAGAAGCUGGAGUGCACGCUCCCCGACGGGACAGGCAGGCGCGUGGUGCAGAACAACCUCAACUACCCCUUCAGCAUCGUCAGCUACGCCAGCCACUUCUACCACACCGACUGGAGACGGGACGGUGUGAUAGCUGUCAAUAAAGACACCGGUGCCUUUACUGAUGAGUAUCUUCCAGAGCAGCGAUCACAUCUCUAUGGAAUAACUGCGGUUUAUCCCUACUGCCCCGGAGCAAGAAAAAAGUGAAUACUACUUCGAGAAACAACCACCUUUAUACCUGGAAGAACAGGAGACCCAGAAAACUAUCACUGCAUAUAGCUAAGGGGAAAAGCCCUCAACGAAGGCCAAUGAAGUGACCUACUUUCCUGCAAAAGAUUAUCAACCAUUUUUGAAGUUACACUAUUUUUGAAGUUAUACCUCAAGUCUUUACUACUGUAUUUUUUAAAUGAAAAACAUGGAUAUAUUACAGAAAAUGGUCCUGUGAAUCUUUGGCCAUUACUCUAGCUUUUGCUUAUGCAAGCAAAUUUAAAAUAUAGUUGUCUUAAUCAAAUGUUUUAUUUUAUUGGGAGAAAAAUAGAUUAAUUUUUACAAGUUUGACAAUCUGACCAACAGGUCCUUUUUUUAACCAAAACCAAGAGCAAAGGGAAAGCUUUGGAUGCAGUAUCUUGCUGGGUCUAAGUAACCUACAGCCCUGAAGACAGACUGUAUGUUCAGAAAGUGCACAAAACAGUUAUGUGAUAUGGCAAAAGCAUUAACGUUUUUCCAGAAGACAAUUCUGUAUUUUCCAACACUGCCUCAAUGCAUGUCUUUUAGUAUUUAUAUUAGAAGAAUGCUAGAAUUAAUCUGUUCAUGCUUGUUGGUUUUCAAGUGCCUUCAUAGACCUACCCAAUGUAGACCAAUACAUGUUCAAAAAUACCAUUUAAGUUGUAAUGCUUCAGUUUUUCUAGGUUAUUUCAAUAAUUAAAUAAAAUGGUUGUUUUAAGUUUC